GCGCGGUGUCGGACCGAAACAACCGGGGUUCCCGAAAUAAACUGAGGGGACGCAGAUCCACGCACACACACACGGGAUACACACGGAGGAAGACUGAGGACAGAGAAAGCGAGCAAGAGGAGGAGAGAGAGCCUACACACCGGCGGAUGGCGAAGCACAGCCAAAGAAAAGACACUACGGCGUGAAAAGCAACAAAAAAAAAAAAAGGGGGGACUCGCUUUCCCCUCCUCUUUUUCUCACUCGCGCAUCAGUGGAGCAGGAAAGCGGAGGACAGGUGUACUUAUUGAUAUGGAUUUAUUCAUUUAUUUAUCUAUCGAUUGUGCUUUAAUUAGUGACCAGUGGUAGAGAAAGAGGGAGAGAGAAACAACGAGGAGAGGAGAGGGAGGAGCGAAAGUCAGACAGGAGGUGCCUGCAUAGCCUUAUACUUUAUGAUUUGAUUAUUUCUGUCUUUUAACCAAAUAUUGCUCUAGCGUUUGAUUUUUGUGUCGCUUUAUGUGCGCGUGUUUUCUUCAGCAGACCAGCCAGCUACUAACCAAAUCCUUACGAGAACCAAAAAGAAACAACUCGAGUGCUUACACGGACACUUUUUUUUUUGUCCUUCUUCUGACAUUUCUGUGUGCAGAGGAUUCACCCGUGGACUGUGUGAGUGAGAGUUUUUCAUGACAGUGCUCGAGGAGACGUUUAAUCUUUUUCCAAACCUAAACCAAAGCAAGCCCGGCCGGGGAGGAGACACCGACGGAGAGACACUGCGAUCUUUACGCACACAAUAAAUGGAGUCUAAUUGUGUCCGUGUUCGAGCUACUGAGAGCACCGACUGCACUAGAUCCACAUGGGCGCGACGAUAACGGAAACAUCCUCCGUCCAGUCACCUGCAGCCUUGAAUUAGUCUGUAUGGAUAACCACUGCUAGCUUUACAUCGUACCCCCAAAAGCUCCUCUGUCGUCUCUGCGCGCCCUGCACAUCGCUGAGUGUGUGUGUGUGUUUGUGUGUGUGUGUGUGUGUGUGUGUGUGUGUGUGUGUUUGAGUGUGUGUGUGUGUGCGCUGGACCAGCUGACUCCGAGAAGACACAAGUAAGAUCCAAAGCUUAUACACACAUAAAAAAAAAGAGAGAGAAAUGUGAGUCUGAGGAGCAGACUCGAUCCACGGAAGACCAAACACAAAACCGGAGUCUCUUCCCCCCUACACCAAAAAAAACAACAACAGUCCAAAGCGUCUCGACUGUCCACAAACCUGGGAAGCGAAGAAAGGCCAAAGAACGACAGAAGCACGACGGAUAAGAGACGAAGAAAAGUGAGACUAAAAUAAAAAACAACGACCCCAAGGUCGACAGAGGACCAUGUUUGUCCCCCUGCCGGUCCCCUUCGUCUUUCAGAGAACAGCGUCCGACUUCAGCGCCUGGAGACUCAAGUCCUCGCUGGCUCCGCGGUCCAGCCCCGAUAUCAGGAUGUCUAAAGCAGCAGAGGAGGAGAAGCCUGGGGCUGACUAUCCAGGGGACAGCUCAGACUCAGACAGAAACAGCCCUGAUCACAAGGUCCAGCUGAUGAAAACCAGCCCCUACAGCGUGUCUCCCACACUGGCUGGAAGCAAGGUAAAGAAUGAAGAGAUCUCUGAGAUGACCCACAGCGCUGCUGCUCCUCCCUCCCAACAACAACAACAACAACAACAACAACAACAACAACAGCAACUACAGCAACAACAACAGCAACUACAGCAACAACUACAACAGCAACAACAACAGCAACAACAGCAACAGCAACAGCAACAACAACAACAACAGCAGCAGCAACAACACCACCACACACAGAUGAUGCUGGCCGGCAGUCAGCUAGCAGGGCUUGCCGCUCUCCUCCCGGCUCAGCAGCAGCUCCUCCUCCAGCAGGCUCAGGCUCAGCUCCUGGCGGCCGCAGUUCAGCAGUCAAACGCUGCCCAUGCUGCUCACGCCGCCCAUGCAGCAGCGCAGCAACAAGCCAACCAGCAGCAACAGCAGCAGCAGAUCCAAUCACAAUCCCAGCAGCAGCAAGCCAAACAGGAGCAAACAGUACAAGCACCGCAGCUGACCCUGUCGCAGCCAAUCCAGCUCACUGCACAGGACAUCCAACAGUUGUUGCAGCUCCAGCAGCUGGUCCUGAUGCCAGGUCAUCCUCUCCAGUCUCCGGCCCAGUUCCUCCUGUCUCAGCCAGCACAGGCACAGCAGACGCAGCAGGGUUUGCUCUCGACACCAAAUCUGAUCCAGCUACCUCAGCAAAGCCCAGGGGGGCUACUGACAACCCCUCCACGUCUGGGCCUCCAAGCACAGAGGGAGAAGAGCAGUGAUGGGGUCUGUGGAAGCAGCAGCAGCGCCGGCUCUCUCGUCGCCUCAGGCGGCAGCAGCAGUGUUGGCGUUGUGACGUCUGUAGGAGCUACUUCAGCCUCCAGCAGCUCCAUGGCGUCCUCUCUGGCGUCCGGUUUGACUCCUGGAGGUCAUGGGGCUCACGGGGCUCACAUGGGGGAGGAGCCCAGCGACCUGGAGGAGCUGGAGCAGUUUGCCCGCACCUUCAAACAACGACGCAUUAAGCUGGGAUUCACCCAGGGAGACGUCGGCGUGGCGAUGGGCAAACUGUAUGGCAAUGACUUCAGCCAGACCACCAUCUCUCGAUUUGAGGCCCUCAACCUGAGCUUUAAGAACAUGUGCAAGCUGAAACCUCUGCUCGAGAAGUGGCUCGGUGACGCAGAAACCAUGGCGGUCGACAGCAUGCUGCCCAGCCCGUCCUCUCUCUCCUCCCCCUUGUUGGGCAUGGAGGGUCUACCCGGCCGACGCAGGAAGAAACGCACCAGCAUCGAGACCAACGUGCGAGUGGCCUUAGAGCGCAACUUCAACAUGAACCAGAAGCCUACCUCGGAGGAGAUCCUGCUCAUGGCCGAGCAGCUCAACAUGGAGAAGGAGGUGAUCCGCGUUUGGUUCUGCAACCGCCGGCAGAAAGAGAAGCGCAUCAACCCCUCCAGCAGCACCACCCCUCCCCUGCCCAGCCAGACCUCGCCCAUUGUGACGCACAAAGCCUCCUGCUACAGCCCACACAUGAUAUCGAGUCAGGGUCUGUCCCAGGUCCCCACCAGCCUCAGCACAACAGCUGCCAGCUCCUCUCCUUCAGCCUCCUGCCCCAUGACUCCCGUCAGCUCGGCUGCAGUGGGCUCCACCUCUUCUGCUGUGACCCCGCCCCCUCACAGCACAGCCAGCCCCGCCCCUCAGAGCCUCGCCACCCACGGGCUCAACACAGGGAACACAAUGAUGGGAGUAAGCACAGGGAUGAACCCGGCCCUCAUUGGCAGCAAUCCCUUGGCUACCAUGCAAGCUCUGGCAGCAAGCGGCGGUCAGCUGUCCAUCUCCGGCCUGGAUGGGGGAGCGGGUCACAUGCUCCUGGGCGGACCUGGGGGUCCAGUUGUCUCUUCUUCCCUCUGCCAGUCUCUGUUCCUCAACCGCCCCACCCUCCUCCCCAUGGUGACCGGUUCCAUGGCGACAGCCUCCACGCCCACCUUAAGUCUGGUCAGCGGCGGCAUUGGUGCUUGCGGCCUGAGGCCCUCCUUCUCCCAAACUCCGCCGUCCGGUGCCAGCGACCUCAUGAGCCCGACCUCCUGCCCCGAGGAGUCCGCGUCUCCUUGUUCAAGUCCCGCCUCUUUCUGUUCCUUCAGCGAAGCCUCGCCACCGCCCCUGGGAGGGGCUAUGGCCGAGUGAUUGCUGACUGACAGCCAAAGUAUCCUAUCAGAGGAGGACGAGGAGGAGGAAGAGGAGGAAGCAGAGCUUUAAAAAUCCAAAUUUACAACCUCGCCUUUCAACCAAAGCCAUCUCUCUGUCUGAUCCAUCUCUGAUUUCAUCUCUCUCUUUCUGCGUCUCCCCGCUGAAGUCUUCUGAAGCCAAAAAUAUACACAGACGGAUGAGGGGAGGACGAGAAGAGAGAGUGAGGAUGGAGAGGAUAGAGAGAACUGCAGAAUGGAGGGGGGACAUUUGAAACCAAAUAACGAUCUACAGCUGGAGAGGUGGCACGGAAACGAGCGCCGUGCUUUUUAUCGGCUGGAGAGAAGAAGAAACCGAGACUGAGGGCAGGGAUGAGAAGCCAAACUGUGUGUGAGAAAUGGGAGGCAAAAAGAAAAGACUUGUUAAACAAGCAUGGAAGGCCAUGUGGUCGCAAACCAAAUGAAGAGGAAGAUGGUAGAAAAGAAACACACACUUACAAAGAGGAAAACCAAAAUCUCCAAAUACCAAAAACUGAAAACCAAAAAAAAGACAAAAAAACAACAAACGGAGAGAAAAGCUUUAGUUCAAAAAGACUUUUGUAUUCUGAUCGGUCCAGGAUCAGUUCAGUGCUCCAUCCUACGUCAUGACAAACAUUUUCCACGCUCACUCGGGGUUCCUAUUAUUCUCAUUCACAGAACAUCUAUUUUUCUAUGAUUUUAUACUCAUCGCUCUUUAUCCUGAUUCUUACCAAAUACACACGUUAAAUGCUUUACAGCUGAUCCCAGACGCAAGAUAUCUACCUACCUCUCUCUUCACAGCUUUACAGUUUGACCCCACCUUAAAAACAACAGGCGGUGUUUGUUUUACCCAGCCUGGUGUGGCAGACGGGUGGAGUUUACUCCUACGAUUCCUCUAGCGUUAGCUCGUAUGCCAACCCAUACUCACUGCGGACAAGAAUAACUUUUACAAGCUUUUCUGUGAAGCGAUACUUCCUGACAAUAAUUACACACUAACAUGUGUUAAACUCCACCCGUCUGGCACCUAAAAAACAACCAUGUGCGUUGAAAAUCCUAUUUAAGCCAAGGCAGAAUUAAUAUUACGCUCAGUUUUCCCUUUUUUAAGCCGUUGACGUCAGUUUUUGGGGAUUAUUUGCUUCACCUUCUUAUUUCCAUCACCAUCAUCAUCAUCUCUUUAUUAUGAUAUUCUCAUUGUUGUCUUUACACUCAAACCAAAGUUUACACUCUCUACAGUAUCUAUACUGCCUACAAAGAGGAUGCAUAAACACCACAGGCAGAUAGGAAUCGUCUUGGGGUUUCUUUCAGCAAUAUUUGCCUUCUUUUAUUUAUUAUUACCCCACACACACACACACACCCACACCUUCAUCAUGUCAUCCUCCAGACUGCUCAUCGACCACCAGACAGUCACUCUUGGAUACCAAAGCAUCGCCUCUGGCAGCGCUGUCUCUGGAUUUCGCCCGGGAGACGAGUGUCCAGACAAAACCUCAGUAGUGUCAAAGGGAAAAAAAAAACACACACACACACACACACAGCUACACUACAAGCAUAAGAAAUAGUCCAAACCAAAAAAAAAAAGAACAAAAGAAAGAGGUGAAGCACCGGCGUUCCCCUUAACUGCCCCCAAACCCCUGCCCUCCAUCCCAUCUGCCCCUCUCCUUUGUCUCCAAAGAU